GUUUGCCUAAUUGGCCCAGACGCUCCACCAGCGCCAAGCUGCCCAGGAGCGCCUCGCUGGCCACCCCCGCGGCCCGCAGCCCGGCAGAGGCGGGAAAGCAGCGCGCCUGCGCCGUGGGAACCGGGGCCGGAGGCGAAAAGCGGGGAGCGGAGGGGGGCCGCUGGAGCCGAGUAGCGUACAGAGCGGCGUGUGACGCGGGGACGCCGCGCGCUCCCAACGUCGCCCCGGUUUGACGCACACGGCACCAAACUGUCUGAUUCCCUGGCCUUUGUGUCCCUGGGAGCUUACUCUCUGCCAGAGGAGAGCAGGUGUGCUCCACUCCUCCCGUGAACCUGAAGAUGAGUUGCCCCCGACCCUUCUCAGUGAUUGGAGACUUAGGUGGUGGAGCUAAAGGUUUCUUGUUACGAGACUUCCGCAGACGACUCUCGUGUUGGGAUCCAUCCAUGGUUUAGCAACAUAGGUGGAAAAGUUUUUCUCGAACUGUUGAAGUAAUUUUUACGUAAAUAGAGUUGUUACAAAACUUUUCUAUUUAGACUUGAGAUUUUGUGUGAUCAUUUUGCUCAACCCGGGGAUCAACACGGUUAGAGGCUUGAAAUGAUGGUCCUGUGUUGUAUACAAGUUGAUAAUUUCAACGGAAAUACCAAAACACCAUCCGCCUGUUUGGGCCGGUCCUGACUAAGGCCCAGCCUUUUGCAUCUGGAUGAUAGAUUAGAUUUGCCUUAAUCGUGAAUUCCCUCCCUGCAGUAAGUUUACUGUACUUACAUUCUUUUGGUCCCACAAGAAGAAAGCAUUUCAAAAAAUAGACGAGUUCCGCAAGGAAAGGAAGCCUGCUAUUUUACCUUCAGUGCCAUGUAUGGCCGCUACAGCCAGUGCUACGCCGAUCUGAAGCUAGGAGCCAGGUGCUUCUUCCUGGUCUCCCAUGCGGGUGCAGGGCCCAAGCACCUGGGCCACCCUCCACUGCCCUCCCAGGCCUCAGCAGAGAGCUAGACUGGAAGAGGAGCAGCCGGGACUAGAACCCGGCGCCCAUAUGGAAUGCUGGCGCUGCAGGCAGAGGAUUAACCAAGUGAGCCAUGGCACCGGCUCCUAAAGGUUUGAUUUAAUUUCGAAUGAGAUUGUUCGUGCAGCGAGAUGUUAAUAAGACAAAAACUAGACUAAAUGUGUUAAAUGGGCUUGCCAACAAUAUGGAUGAUUUGAAGAUAAACACCGAUAUUACUGGUGCUAAAGAAGAACUCAUAGAUGACAACAGUUCUAUCUCAGAGAAAGAGAGUGGAGUUCAUAAACCAAAAGAUUGUCAGACAUCAUUUCAAAAAAACAAUACGUUGGCUCUGCCUGAAGAACUAUCAAAGGACAAAUCUGAAAAAGCCUUAAGUGGAGGCCAGUCUGCUCUAUUUAUACAUGCUGGUGCUCCUGCUGUUUCUAGUGAAAACUUUAUCUUGCCUAAAGGAGCUGCUGUUAAUGGACCAGUUUCACACUCCUCCUUAACUAAGACUUCCAAUAUGAAUAAAGGCAGUGUUUCAUUAACCACUGGACAGCCUGUGGAUCAGCCAACAUCAGAAUCUUGUUCAACUUUGCAGGUAGCAGCUGAUCCUCAGCUGUCUACACCACAGAAAGCAAGUCAACACCAAGUUUUAUUUUUGUUAUCAGAUGUAGCACAUGCCAAGAAUCCAACUCAUUCCAUUAAAAAACUACCUACCUCUACUUCAGUUGGUUGUGACAUUCAGAAUUCAGUGGGGAGUGGUAUAAAGUCAGAUAGCACUUUAAUAAAUCAAGUAGAGGUGGGUGAGGAUAGUGAAGAUGUAUUGGUAAAAGAUGAUUGUGUCAAUGCGUUGACAGGAAUUUCCUCAGGUACAGAUGAAUUUAGAUCAGAAAAUGAUGCAAACUGGGAUCCCCAAAAAGAGUUUAUUCAGUUUCUUAUGUCUAAUGAAGAAACAGUGGAUAAAUCUCCAGUUCAUUCUAAAGUAGGUCUAGAAAAGAAGAGAAAGCGAAAAAUGGAUGUAAGCAAGAUAACUCGUUAUACUGAAGAUUGCUUGAGUGAUUCCAGUUGUGUUCCCAAUAAAUCAAAAAUUUUGGAAGUAGACUUUCUAGAACAGAAUGAAGAGCUACAAGCAGUAGACUCACAGAAAUAUGCAUUAUCAAAAGUGAAGCCUGAAUCAGCUGAAGAAGACUUGGAAUCUGUGGAGGCUUUUCAACAUCUAAUUUAUAACCCAGAUAAAUGUGGAGAAGACAGUUCACCUGUUCAUACUAGCACUUUUCUUUCAAAUACCUUAAAAAAGAAAUGUGAAGAGAGUGAUUCUGAGUCACCUGCUACUUUCAGUACUGAAGAGCCAUCAUUCUACCCCUGUACAAAGUGCAAUGUGAAUUUUAGGGAGAAAAAGCACCUCCACAGGCAUAUGAUGUAUCAUUUGGAUGGGAAUAGUCACUUUCGCCAUCUUAAUGUCCCAAGGCCAUAUGCUUGUAGAGAAUGUGGACGGACAUUUCGAGAUCGCAAUUCACUUCUGAAGCAUAUGAUUAUUCAUCAAGAGAGAAGACAGAAGUUGAUGGAGGAAAUUCGUGAAUUGAAAGAACUUCAGGAUGAAGGAAGAAGCGCACGAUUACAGUGUCCUCAGUGUGUAUUUGGUACCAAUUGCCCUAAAACAUUUGUGCAACAUGCUAAAACCCAUGAAAAAGAUAAAAGGUACUAUUGCUGUGAAGAGUGUAACUUCAUGGCAGUGACAGAAAAUGAAUUGGAAUGUCAUCGAGGCAUUGCCCAUGGAGCAGUAGUAAAAUGUCCCAUGGUCAGUUCUGAUAUAGCGCAGAGAAAAACACAAAAAAAGACUUUUAUAAAAGAUUCAGUCAUAGGAUCAUCCAAAAAGUCAGCUUCCUACAUAUGUAAGGUGUGUCCUUUUACUACUUCAGCCAGAAGUAUUUUAAAAAAACACAUGGAAUACUUGCAUUCAUCAUCAUGUGUUGAUUCAUUUAGUAGUUCUCUUGGACUUGAUAAAAGAAAAAAUGACAUCCUUGAAGAGCCCAUAGAUGUUGAUGGCACUAAACCAUUAGUCAAACAACAGUCAGCCACUUUUCCAAAGAACUCUGCUUUAAAACAGGAUGUGAAGCGAACAUUUGGAUCAAGCUCACAAUCAAGUAAUUUUUCAAAAUUUCAUAAGCGGCCACACAGAAUACAAAAAGCUCGGAAAAGCAUUGCCCAGUCAGGUGUAAAUAUGUGCAAUCAAAACAACUCUCCUCAGAAGACUGUUAUGAAUAAAAGCAGCAUUGACCAAAAACCUAAGUAUUUUCAUCAGGCCGCAAGAGAAAAAGCAAAUGCCAAGGCAAAUAGCAACUAUUUGUAUAGGCACAAAUAUGAAAAUUACAGGAUGAUCAAAAAAUCAGGUGAAUCAUAUCCUCUACAUUUCAAAAAAGAAACUAGUUCCUUAAAUUCUCUACAUCUGUUUUCAUCAUCAAGUAAUUCACAUAACAAUAGUUUUAUUUCAGAUCCUCAUAACUCUGAUACCAAAAGGCCAGAAAACUUCAAAGACCAUAGGCGUGUAGCUGUAAAAAGAGUGCUUAAAGAAUCUAAGAAAGAAAGUUCUGUGGGAGGAGAAGACUUGGAUAGCUAUCCAGAUUUUUUGCAUAAGAUGACUGUUGUUGUUUUGCAAAAACUGAAUUCUGAAAAGAAAGAUAGUUAUGAAACAGAAGAUGAAAGUUCCUGGGACAAUGUUGAGCUAGGUGACUACACUACACAGGCCAUAGAAGAUGAAACCUAUAAUGAGAUUAAUCAAGAUCAUGUAAACUUAUUCCCUCUAUUUAAAAGCAAGGUAGAAGGUCAAGAGCCUGGAGAAAAUGCUGCCCUAAGUUACGAUCAAAAUGAUGGCUUUUAUUUUGAAUAUUAUGAAGAUGCUGGAACUAACAACUUUUUGCAUGAGAUUCAUGAUCCUCAGCAUUUAGAAAAUGCGGAAACAUCAUUAUCAAAGCAUAAUUCUGUUUUUCAUUGGACUGAUUUGUCUCUUGAGAAGAAAUCAUGCCCCUAUUGCCCAGCAACAUUUGAAACAGGUGUAGGGUUGUCGAAUCAUGUCCGGGGUCAUCUUCACAGAGCAGGAUUAAGCUAUGAAGCUCGUCAUGUUGUAUCACCAGAACAAAUAGCCACAAGUGACAAAAUGCAACAUUUCAAAAGAGCUAGUACAGGGACACCUGUUAAGCGAGUUAGAAAAGCUAUAGAGAAGUCUGAAACCACUUCUGAACAUACCUGCCAACUCUGUGGUGGUUGGUUUGAUACUAAAAUUGGAUUAUCAAAUCAUGUUAGAGGCCACUUGAAAAGACUUGGAAAGACCAAAUGGGAUGCUCACAAAUCUCCAAUCUGUGUUCUGAAUGAAAUGAUGCAAAAUGAAGAAAAAUAUGAAAAAAUCUUAAAGGCAUUGAACAGUCGUCGUAUUAUUCCUAGACCAUUUGUGGCUCAAAAACUUCCAAGUGAUGACUUUCUAUCUCAAAAUGUUAUACCUCUUGAAGCAUACCGUAAUGGCCUAAAGACUGAAGCUCUGUCAGUGUCAGCAUCUGAGGAAGAAGGGCUUAAUUUCUUAAAUGAAUAUGAUGAAACAAAACCAGAGCUGCCCAGUGGGAAAAAGAACCAGUCUCUUACACUGAUAGAACUUCUUAAAAAUAAAAGAAUGGGAGAAGAAAGAAAUUCUGCUAUUUCUCCUCAAAAGAUCCAUAAUCAAACAGCAAGAAAGAGAUUUGUUCAGAGAUGUGUUCUUCCAUUAAAUGAAGAUAGUCCAUUGAUGUAUCACCCACAAAAAAUGGACUUGACUAUGCACUCAGGUAUGCCUGUGAAGCUUAGAACAUGUGUGCAUUGCAAUACGACGUUUACAAGUGCUGUUAGCCUGUCCAACCACUUACGCGCUUAUGCACGAAAGAAGAGUGCUGGACUUUUGACUGGUACAGCUUUAGAUUGUAAGCAAAAGAAAUCAAGGUCAAGAUCUGGAAGCAAGAAGAAAAUGCUAACAUUACCUCAUGGUGCUGACGAGGUUUACAUUCUCCGAUGCAGGUUUUGUGGACUAGUCUUUCGAGGACCAUUAUCUGUUCAGGAGGACUGGAUUAAGCACUUACAACGACACAUUGUAAACGCUAAUCUUCCACGGACUGGAGCUGGCAUGGUGGAAGUCACAUCACUACUUAAAAAGCCUGCCUCCAUUACAGAAACUUCAUUUUCUCUACUAAUGGCAGAAGCAGCUUCAUAGAACCAGGAAAACCUUUUACAUAGCAAAUUUGAAUUGGAUGUAAAUUUGAAAUUGUUUUUUUUUUAAGCCACAUUAAAUUAUCCGUUUACUAAAGCAGCAAAAUGGGGAAAAGUGAAUUCCAGUGACAUCAGAGCAAAUCAAAUACUUAAAACAGUAAGUAGUCUAUAUAUUUUAUAUAGGGUGGAAGAUUGUUUUUAAGGCUUACUAACUUUUGUUGGCUAACCACGUUUACUCAGUAAGAGAUCAGUACAUGUAAGCAGCCAUUUAUAAACUGUUGCACAUGGAUACUUACAGAUUUAUUGAAAUUAUGUUUCCUUCAGUGUUACCGGAAUCAAGGCUCUGUUUAUUCCCCACAAGACUUGCAUAGAAAAAUAAGAUAUUAUAUUUUGUUUGUAUGUAUUUAGUGUUUUGUAUAAUACCAGGAACCGCUAACUAAAUUUACUCAAUUUAGGGCAUUAAAUAUCAUGUACUUCAUAGUUUGAGACUGUUCACUCAAAUAGGGCAGAGUAUUAUUCUAUCUAGAUGUGUAAGUGUUUUUUUAAAAUCACAUGGAACGGUUUUUUUUAUACUAAAAAGUGGAGGGAGAUUUGUUUAAACAAGUAUUUCUAAAAGAAAUAUGUACAUAGUCCUGGAAAUUAUUUGUGGUAAGGAAAUAUUCUUUACUCCAGUUGCAUUUCUCAGACAAUAAAGUGGUGCAUCCAUGCUACCUCCUACUUUGUCAACAAAGAUGCUAUUUACCCUUUACAUUUUUGUAUCAUAAUAGAUUUAAAAAAAUCUAAUGUUCUUUAUUGCAAGACAUCUUUUUGUUAACAGAUUUGUUUCUUUUUAAUGUUUUACCUGAAAUUUGACAUGCUUACAGGACAGGUUUGCCUCUUACUUUAUUUAACAUUGUAGAAAUGUAAUUAAUAAACAGUGCUCACUACACAACUUAGAAUAGGCUUUCUCAUUUAUAUUAUCUUCCAAAUUUGAUCAGUUAGCAAAACUUAAUACACCAAUUAAAAUAUUUCUACUUAUGAUGAGAAUGUUUACAAUUUAAAUUUUAGAACUUGUUUUGGAUGUGAUUAUAUGUACAAAAAUCGUGUAACACUAUGCUCAUGCUAAGAACCGACAUAACGGAAUUACUGAAAUAAAUGUGCUGUGAGGAAUGGAAAAUAUGGUGCAGGUGUCUUGGUCAUGAUAAAUUGUGAUUAUCCUUUUCAAGUCUUUCCAAAAACAGAUUAGUUCUUUUUAUCUGAAAUCAGAUUCUUCUACAAAUAACAGUUUUGUAUGCAAGCACCAUUUUAUUUUAUUUCAUGUAGUUUGGCUAAUACUAUAGUUGAACCCAGGAUAUGCAUUGAUACUAUUCUUCAUAUGUAAAUAAAGUUAACAACAGUUAAAAUAAGGAGUAUUUUGGUAGAGUAUAUACAUACCUCACUGCCAGUGAAAUCGCUUUCUAUGGUAUAUCCUUACCAGAAAAAUCUCUAAAUAAAAAAAACUUAAAAUGAUAAUGUCUAUAAUGUGAAAUAUUUAUUUUUAUCAUGGAUGGAAAUAGUCCACUUAAAGUUGUGUUUCAUUUUGAUUCAAAUUGUUUCUCUUUAGCAGGUUACUAUGUUCACAGGAUUCUCUCCCCUUUCAUAAUUAAUCAGACCUCUAAAUCCAGAACCAUUUUAAAUCUGAAAUUAGGAGAUUGAUUCAUGAAUCAUUCCCAGCCAGACUCCUGAUUUCUGGGGCAAGUAGAUAAGGACAAGGUGAUGUAAGUUAUUUGCAGUUUUGCAAAUGGCCUGAUAGAAACUGCACUUGUCUAAAAUGGGGAGACUAAAACAUCAAAUAUCAUUACUUUCGACUGAAAAUAUGCCUAGUCUCUGUAUACUGAUUAUAUCUUAUUGAACAGUGUUUAUUGAUAGUUAUAUGUACUUUUUUAUAUUGGAAGACAAACUACGUAGGAAGUAGAGUUCAGAAGUUUUAAAAAAAGAAAAUAUAGGGUUCCUGGUGGGAAGGCUAGCAAUCACUAGUACCACUUUUAGCCUUAUUCUUAUAAUUUUAUGAUUUUUUUUCUUAUCAAGGUAAUUACUAAAAUGUGUGAAUACUAGUAUCUGAGUUAGUUUGGCCACAGUUUCAGAAUCAAAA